CGCCCACUCACCCUUUCCAGGUCCCACCACACCAGGUAGCUUGGGAAACGACGCAUUCAUUGACUACGGCUCCUGGUUCGAGAGAGUAUCGGUCGGUGAUGAUUCUAGGCGACCAAUGAGUAUGAAGAUAGCUCGCAGAAUGACAGUUUCCGACUGGUAUAUGCUCCGGGUCUAUAUUCCUGGAGUGAGAAUUAGGUCCGUGGGCCAUAGAAGCAACGCACCCUCCACUGCUCGGCCGUCGCGGCUAGGGCUCCUUGGAGGCUACCAAGUCCCAAUAAUGAUGCGGUAAUGAGCGAGGGCAGCAUAUCGCUGUUGAAGUAACGAGGGCGGGAAAGAAACGAAUGUGGCGGGCCGCGAUGGCCCAGAAGCUAGUGAAUUUGGAACUAGAUGAUGUCUCUUCCACGCGACCCUAGCACAGCCUGGAACAAGAAUUCACGCCGAAGAGAGGAGACGGUUGAGUCGGAGCGCGCUAGUAGAGCGGGCGAGAAGGAUGCAGGCUGAGAAAAGUCCCAGAAUGUCUUUACUACGAGAGCACAUGCCAUCGGGUGAUGUUGCACAUCACAUUGACAUCAGCCGACAGUAGACAGGCGGCCAGACUUCUCCGCAUCUUGCUUCAGUCCCGAACACCGAGAGAACACGCUUUCGGUUUGGGGCAAACAGGUGCCUUGAAGAGAGGUCUAGUCAAGGUUACUUCGGAAUUAGCCACGGCAGGGCGCUCCGUGUCACGAUCACUGUCAACCCCGCAACGCCACAAACGCGAACGGUCGGCUUGGCCGACAUCUUGCAAGAACCACGUUGUGCACACAUGCCGCAACGCUUCAAUGGAGAGUCUUUCACCCGAUAUGGAUGGUUCCUUUGCUCGUGGAUUCUUUUAAUCCCGUUCCAAUACGGCUAUCAUAUAUCCGUUCUCAAUCAGAUACAAGCUGUUCUCACCUGUAAAGAAGUCGGCUCCGACACGCGUCCUCACUAUGGCCUACCGACUUGUAUCCCCAUGUCCGAUUUCUCCUUCUCUGUGGUGACUGCGAUCUUCACCGUGGGCGGCCUCGUCGGUAGCAUGAGUGCCAAUAUCUUCAUGGACCGAGAAGGAUGGGGACGUAAAGGUGCCGCGCGCUUCAGCGCGCUGUUGGUCGCUGUAGGCUCUGGCAUCAUGUCGAUUAGUGCCUCGGUCAGCUUCCUGUUAAUCGGACGGUUUCUGGUUGGAAUAGGGUCGGGCAUCGGCAUCUGCCUGGGACCCAUAUAUCUCGCUGAAAUUGCUCCCUCUGGAAUUAGCGGCAGUGUCGGUGUCUUGACCCAGCUGGGCAUCGUGCUAGGAAUUAUGAUCACGCAGUGCGUGGGCCUACGAUUUGCCACCCCGACCGAAUGGCGCUCUGUUCUGUUUCUCUCCUUUGCCGCCUCGGUUGCGCAAUUAUUCCUCGCGUCCCUUAUGGUCGAUUCGCCCUCGUGGCUUGGAAGCAAGGCAUCUGUAGAAGACCCGCUACUGGAUAAUGCCGAAGCUGCACGUGGGGGCGCGGGAAAAGCGCUAACCGUUCCCGAAGUACUGGCGGCCGGCGAUCUCCGGCGACCGUUGGCUAUCGUUUGUUUCGCUAUGUUGUCCCAACAACUUUCAGGCAUCAAUGCUGUCCUCUACUAUAGCAACGAGAUCCUGUCCAAGUCUCUGCCAGACCUGGGACCCUAUGUUUCGUUGGGCAUCACUGUCGUCAAUGUACUGAUGACCUUCCCGCCAAUCAUCCUGAUCGAACGCGUCGGUCGAAGACGAUUGCUGGCGCUCUCUACUAUCGGGGGCAUCACCUCACUCAUCCUUGUGGGCUUUGGGCUCAAUUCGGGCCUCGUUACACUCGCGAGCAUCGCUAUCUUGACCUUCGUCACGUCCUUCGCGAUUGGACUGGGACCCGUCCCUUUUGUGCUGGUGCCGGAAGUCUCACCCUACCACGCCGUCUCUGCGCUGUCAUCCAUCGCGCUAUCUCUCAAUUGGAUCGUCAACUUUCUUGUGGGUCUGGUGUUUCUUCCAUUGCGUAAUCUGCUUUCGCAGGGCGAUCCGUCGAAGGAGGGUCGCGUCUUCUAUCUUUUCGCCAUCGCACUGUUUUGCUCUAUGGGUAUUGGUUUCCGGACAGCAGAUGGAGCGGGGCGGAGGAUGUGAUGUGGACCGUCUAGUAUCUAGUUCACACCGACAGGCCCUUGAACACGCGUCGAUGUCUGCAGUCAACGUCGAAAAUAGUUUCAGAUACUUACUGAUGUACUUGAUCUUUUGAUCCAACGACUAUACCGGCCUGGCAUGGGCUGCCUGAUUUGGCUCACUGUCGUCAGGAAAUGUCUGUUGA